AUGGCCGAAACUCUUUCUCACCUCCAACAGCAAUACCUGAAUGAGUCUAACGCUGCCAUCAACUCGCAGAUCCAGCUGCAGCUGUAUGCCACGUACAUCUACCUCUCCAUGGCUGCCUUCUGCAACCAAGAUGAAGUGGCCCUGAGGUACUUCGCGCUCUUCUUCCUCCGUCAGUCACAGAAGUGGAUGAGCCGCACUGAGAUGCUCUUCGGCCUGCUGACCCAGCGCCGUGGCUCCCUAAUGCUUGGGAGAAUUGCCGAUCAAGACCGCCAGGAUUGGAUGGAUGGCCUCAUGGCGAUGGAGUGCGCAUUCCAUCUGGAGAAGACGCUCAACCAGAGCCUUCUGCAGCUGCACCAGCUGGCAAACAGCAACGGCGACAUCUCCCUGUGCAGCUUCCUGAAGCACCACUUCGUGCCACAACAGGUAAAAAUCAUCAAGGAGAUGGGCGGCUACCUGACCAACCUGCGUAACAUGGGGGCUCCAAAAAAUCGAAUGGCUGAGUACCUCUUCGACAAGCUCACCAUGGCAGACAUCAUCAAAGAGAGCUAA